ACGGGAUUUCGUCGUGGGAAGGAGCCGGAGUUGUUGUCGAAGAGGGCGCAGACUGCAGACGGAGAGCGGGGGGUGUGUGCGCGUUGGCCCGAGCAGCGGCGUGGAUGAAACAGGCAAACUGGCGCACUACAACAUGGCAUCGGGCGACACGCUGUACAUCGAGACAGACGGGUCCGAGAUGCCCGCGGAAAUAGUGGAGCUGCACGAGAUCGAGGUGGAGACGAUACCCGUGGAGACGAUAGAGACGACGGUGGUGGGCACGGACGAGGACGAGGACGGGCAGCCCAUGAUCGCGCUGCAGCCGCUGGUCACGGACGAUCCGAGCGCCAUGCACCAUCACCAAGAGGUCAUCCUGGUGCAGACGCGCGAGGAGGUGGUCGGGGGGGACGACUCGGACCUGCACGCGGACGGGGGAGGCGGUUUCGAAGACCAGAUCCUCAUCCCGGUGCCCGCGCCCGGGGUGGAGGACGAGUACAUCGAGCAGACUUUGGUGACUGUGGCCGGGAAAGGCGCAAUGGGACGAGUGAAGCGCGCGGGCGGCACGGGAGGCAAGAAAUCCGGGAAAAAGAGUUAUUUAAGCGGGGGAGACGCCGGGGGACGCAAAUGGGAGCAGAAACAAGUGCAAAUAAAGACUCUGGAAGGGGAGUUUUCUGUCACGAUGUGGGCGUCGGACAUUGAUCAUGAGUCAGUGGUGGAGGAGCAGAUCGUGGGAGAGAACUCGCCUCCAGAUUACUCCGAGUACAUGACGGGGAAGAAGCUGCCCCCUGGUGGAAUCCCGGGAAUCGACCUGUCCGACCCCAAACAGCUGGCGGAGUUUGCCAGGAUGAAACCCAGAAAAAUCAAAGAAGACGAUGCUCCGAGGACAAUAGCCUGUCCCCACAAAGGCUGUACAAAGAUGUUCAGGGAUAACUCCGCGAUGAGGAAGCAUCUCCACACCCACGGGCCCCGGGUCCACGUGUGCGCCGAGUGCGGCAAAGCGUUUGUGGAGAGCUCCAAACUAAAACGGCACCAGCUCGUCCACACGGGGGAGAAGCCUUUCCAGUGCACGUUCGAAGGCUGCGGGAAGCGUUUUUCUCUGGACUUCAACCUCCGCACACACGUCCGAAUCCACACGGGAGACCGGCCCUACGUCUGCCCCUUCGACGGCUGCAAUAAGAAGUUCGCCCAGUCCACCAACCUCAAGUCCCACAUCCUCACACACGCCAAGGCCAAAAACAACCAAUGAGAAGCCCCCAAAGACCCGGACUCCGCCCCCUCGCAGACACUCAGACUGAUGAACGAUCUGAACCAUGAAACGGCUUUAAAGAUGCGCCGUGUCGCUUUUCCGCGCCGUUUUACUCCGCGGAGACGUUGUGAUGCGGCGCUGGAAGGUUCCGCAGUACGACUUUAAGCGGCUUUUAUCUUAUUUUUAAUGCGAAAAAACAGAAAUCAUGAUUUUUAAACCCGUUGGCAGUGGUCCACAGUUGUUCCGAACAUCGUAAAGAUUCACCAUGAUGAGUUUUAAAGAGCUUUUCACAACUCACGCGCGACAGCUAGCAUGCUAACGCGCACUUUCUGACAAUAAAAUGCUUAAAAUCCAUCCGUUUUCUUUCGUUUAUCCAGAGGUGGGUCGCGGGGGCAGGAGUCUUAAGCCGACUUCCCUCACCCCAGACGCUUCCUCCAGCUCCUCCACUGGGCAGCCGUCUAAGCGGGGACUCCUUAGACUUCCCUCACCACCAGACACUUCCUCCAGCUCCCACGGCAACAGCGAGACACUAAAUAACCCCGUUCAAACACUACACAGCGGUCUCAUUUAAACGCAAAUUCUGCUCAAAAACACGGGAAAAGUUGCGUACAGGGGCUUUAAUCCACUAAACUAAACAUGUAGACGGCACUACGCAAGGUUACGAGUCAGAUCUGUGGAGCGGCGAUCACACUCACAGUGAGGACGCGUGUUUUUAAAGGUAUUUUUUUAGCAAUAAUACGAAUACGAUCGAAACGACAACAACAACAAAAAAGCAAAACGAUGUUAAAGAUGCUACGCUAACAUCUCCACGGCGACGCGUCAGAAAAGCCACACGGCGCAGCUUUGAGCCCAGUCCGCAGUCGCAUCCCCCCUUCUUGUCCUGCUGUCUUACCGGACGAGGAAGAUAUGACGCCCCCUGUUGGUCACGACGGCACUUUGCAGCCGCACGAAGGAACUUGGAAAAACAUCUGAAGGACAUUUUUACCGGGAAAAGGCAGCAGAUUUGUAACUUUAUUUUAUCACAUAGUUCUUAUUUUAACGAGUGAACAUAUUGUGCACUUGACUCGGGCUAUGUUCAGAAAAAUGGUGUUUUGUUUUCGAACUGCAUUAUGAGAUCGUACUUAUUAUAUUAUUAUUAUUAUUAUUAUUAUUCUAAACAAACUCGUGUGACCCGUUUCACUUAUAACACAAUGGGACGUUUUUUGCAUUUUCAGACCCUUGGGUUGUACUUCUUAACCACAGAUUAACCUGUAUACUUGUACUGUAUGGCUGUAUUCAGUAGACAUAGCUAGAGGUGUGAUUCAAGUGAAACCAGAUUAGUCUUUCUCUUUUCUAUGAACUACUUUACACAGAUUAACAAAGAUUAUAAUCCCACCUUCAUCCCCCCGGCGUCAGUUUGAAGUGACCGCAGACCUUCACUCGUUUCUGAGAAUGUAUUGUACAGACUUUGGACAUUAACCUUUUAGUUGGUCUUUCCACCCAUGUAUCCCGACUGCCCACAAUAAAAUGGGUGAUUCAAACCUGUGACAGCGCCGCCUACUGUUUACUC